CAAAACAAAACAAAAACACCAAAACCAAACCAACAUCAAACAGGCGAAGAUCGAGGCAGCGUGCGCGCGCGGCGAGCGCUGGCCCCGCGGCGGGCUCCGCAGAGCACGCUCUCCCGGGCGCCCCGGGCUUCCCGGGUCGGACACGCAGCCCCGCCCGGCUCGGGUCCGCCCGGCCCGGGUCCGCCCCGCCCGCUCCUCCCCCUCCGGCUCCGGGACUUUUGCUUUCACUUUGCCUCAAGCUGUCCCAGACCCUCGCGGAGGCUCGGACGCCGCCGCGGGCUCCCGUCCGCCAGCGUGGGAACGAUGACUGAUGGUCAGGACUGCCUGGCCAAGCUGGAAAAUGUGGACUCCUCAAGUGAAGAUGGAGUUGAUGCUAAGCCAGACCGUUCCUCCUUUAUCUCAGCAAUUCUCCAGAAAAAGAAGAAAAAUGCCUCUGGCCGCCCAGUCAGGACUGCCCGGGACCGAGUGCCCACAUACCUGUAUAGCAUGGACUUCGAGAAGAUGGGCAAGUGCAUCAUUAUAAACAACAAGAACUUCGACAGAGCGACAGGUAUGGACGUCCGGAACGGCACAGACAAAGACGCAGAGGCACUCUUCAAGUGCUUCCGAAGCCUGGGUUUUGAGGUGGCCGUCUACAAUGACUGCUCUUGUGCAAAGAUGCAAGAGCUGCUUAGACGAGCCUCCGAGGAGGACCACAGCAAUGCAGCCUGCUUCGCCUGCGUCCUGCUGAGCCACGGAGAAGAGAAUCUGAUUUACGGGAAAGAUGGUGUGACGCCGAUAAAGGAUCUGACGGCUCAUUUUAGGGGAGAUCGAUGCAAAACCCUGCUAGAAAAGCCCAAACUCUUCUUCAUUCAGGCAUGCCGAGGGACGGAGCUAGAUGACGGGAUCCAGGCUGACUCAGGGCCUAUCAGUGACACAGAUGCUAAUCCCCGCUACAAGAUCCCGGUGGAAGCUGACUUCCUCUUUGCUUACUCCACAGUUCCAGGCUAUUACUCAUGGAGAAACCCAGGAAAAGGCUCCUGGUUCGUGCAAGCCCUCUGCUCCAUCCUGGACGAGCACGGCAAAGACCUGGAGAUCAUGCAGAUCCUGACCAGGGUGAAUGACAGGGUGGCCAGACACUUCGAGUCUCAAUCAGAAGACCCGCGCUUCAACGAGAAGAAGCAGAUCCCGUGCGUGGUCUCCAUGCUCACCAAGGAGCUCUACUUUGGGCGUUGACCGUCCCUUCCAGCCGAGAACCUGCAGUCUCUCACUGACGAGUCCAGUUGUUAUUUUACUUCUAUUGUUUUGAUGCUCUCAAAAUAUCCAGAAAUGUUAAGGAGGUUUAAUUUCAGGGAAGCAUAUUGAUUCAGUGGGGAGGAAGUUUUCUGAUGAUGUCUGAUAUUCUGGGUUUCCAGAUUUUUUUUAAUAAUUUUGUUCAUCGGAUGACUUGACACUUUUGCUUUAAGGUUAAUUUCCUCUUUCUUUUACCUUGUCAUCACAUUGAAUGCAUGCUACAAAAAUGACCUCUGGAGAAGCCAUGGUGGUGGCAUUAAUGGAAAGUCAAAGUCUUAGUUGGACUGGGCAAAGAGAAUUCCAGUUCUUGACAACAGAAGCAGCUAAGACAAUCAUUGGCCUCCAUUGAAAAAAGGUGGCUGUUGUGUAGUGUGAGUGGUUGCUUUCAUUGGCUUAGGACAGACACUUACUCUGGCCUUCCUGGGCAGGUAAGAAAACAAGAUGGUUGAUAUUCUAGUGGGUAGGACCCAAUCCGGAAAACAAGGCAUUCUGGGCAUUUAUUUCAGUGCAGAAGAGUCCAUACUGGGAACCCACUUCAGCAGGUAAUUAAGAGAGAGCCAGGCAGUACAACCUGUUACCUCAUGUGACUGAGGAGGUCGGUUCCCUCCUCAUCAGUUAGAACUGAGGGAGGGCUGCCUCCUAGGAGUCAGUGCCAUGAAGGGUUGUGGUAAUUGGAGCCAGGCCCAGGACGAAGCCACUGUCUGAGAUGGAAACCAAGGGAGGGCUGAGUUAGACACCAAGAGCCCCUCACCCCAGGUCUCCCCAGUCCUGUCCCCAUUACCUCCACCGGUGGUGCCUGAAAGCCAGCUGUGAUUCAGAGCAGAGCAGUGGAUGGCAGCAGUGGGGAGGGGAGGUUAAGCCUGGCCCAAAAUGUGAAUUUAGGCAUGUCCUCCGGUAUUGAGCAGUUUAUUCAUUCAUUUAUUCAUUGAUUUGUCAGAUCAUCCACACAGGUGCUGAAGAAUAAUCUGUUUCAACUUUGUGUGCUGAAUAAUGUUUUUAUAUUCACAUACAUCUGGAAUUCUUUCAAAUAUUCCAAGUUUUUUUUUUUUCCUCUGAGUAACUUUUUGUUACCUCUGGUUCUACAGAUGAAGCUUAGGGCAAAGGCCUUGGCUCUUUCUUUUCAAGGUGUUGUUUUCUCUGGAGUUCGUUGUACAUUCCUGUUUUUCCUGCCUAAUCAGUGCUUGACAGAUGUUUCUAUUUAUUCAUUAAAAUGUGGUUCAGAAA